GCGCCACCGGGAGCUGCGGGCCGGCCUAGAGCCCCGCGAUGCAGCGGCCCGGAGAGCCGGGCGCCGUGCGCUUCGGCCCGCCCGAGGGCUGUGGCGACCACCGGCCGCACCGCUACCGCAGCUUCAUGAUCGAAGAGAUCCUCACGGAGCCGCCCGGGCCCAAGGGCGCCGCGCCCGCCGCCGCUGCUGCCGCCGGCGAGCUGCUCAAGUUCGGCGUACAGGCGCUGCUGGCGGCGCGGCCCUUCCACAGCCACCUGGCGGUGUUGAAGGCCGAGCAGGCAGCGGUGUUCAAGUUCCCGCUGGCGCCACUCGGCUGCUCUGGGCUGGGCUCCGCACUGUUGGCCACGGGGCCUGGGCUUCCCGGAGCCGCGGGUGCGGCGCACCUGCCUCUGGAGCUGCAACUACGCGGGAAGUUGGAGGCAUCGGGCCCCGGGGAGCCGGGCACAAAGGCCAAGAAGGGGCGGCGCAGCCGCACGGUGUUCACCGAGCUGCAGCUGAUGGGCCUGGAGAAACGCUUCGAGAAGCAGAAGUACCUCUCCACGCCAGACAGAAUAGAUCUCGCCGAGUCCCUUGGCCUGAGCCAGUUGCAGGUGAAGACCUGGUAUCAGAAUCGGAGGAUGAAGUGGAAGAAAAUAGUGUUGCAGGGCGGCGGCCUAGAGUCCCCCACCAAGCCCAAGGGGCGGCCCAAGAAGAACUCCAUCCCCACGAGCGAGCAACUCACUGAGCAGGAGCGCGCCAAGGAGGCAGAGAAGCCAGCAGCGGAGGUGCCGGUGGAGCCCAGCGACCGCAGCCGCGAGGACUGAGCCUGGCAGAGGGUGCGAAGCCGGGGACCCUGCGCCGCGGCCCCUCAGCCCGCGGGAACCCACAAGCCGACCCUUCUGUGUCCACGCCGUUUGCCUUCUAAAUAUUUUAUUAUUACUCUGAAUGCGGACAAUUAGGGGCCCAACGGGGAAGGGACACAGACCCUGAAGCCAAACCCAGGCGCACCUGGUCCUAACCUGGGUGAGUCGUGAGCCGCGUGGCAGAAGUCACUGUCUUUCCCGGAGCUCCGCGGAGCGGCGCCCCAUGUGCAUUCACGCCCAGCUCCUCACCCACACCCUUGCCUGCGGCCACCUCCGGUCCACACAGCCAGGCACAUCUGCUUCCUGUGCGCAGGCCGGGGACCCAGCAGCCUGAGCGGGCCGCCAGCAGGAUAACCAGACUGGUUGGCCAGAGACCGGGUCCCCGAGAUCACUGGGGCUCCUACCCCCCUCUUGCGAAGAUGAUGACUUUUUUCCAAUAAAAUAUUUUAUGACACA